AAAUUCUUCUUUUCGUCGUGUCCACUGGUCUCGAUUGGCUGCAAAAAGGGAAGCGAGGCGCGUCGCGGUUGGGCCAUUCCUUCAUGGCUCACGCAACCGCUCACGAGCCCGUGCCGCCGCUCCCGUGGCCACGCCCGGCGCCUCUCCUCGUCUUCCUCGCCGUCCUUGCCACCUCCUACCUCGCUCUCACCCGCCUCCCCGCCGCCGCGCCGCUCGCCGCCCUGAUCGCCCCUCCUCCUGGCCGCGACGCCGCCCUGAUCGCCCGCGAGCCAGGCAACAGGGACAGCUGCGCCGGGUUCUACGGCGGCGCGGGGCCGGUGCGCGCGGUGACGGCGUCGCUGGAGGAGUUCGGCGCCGUGGGCGACGGGGCCACGUCCAACACGGCGGCGUUCCGGCGCGCGGUGGCGGCGCUGGAGGAGAGGACCAGGGCGGCGGGCGGGGACGGCGGCGCCAGGCUGGAGGUGCCGCCCGGGAGGUGGGUCACGGGCAGCUUCAACCUCACCAGCCGCUUCACCCUCUUCCUGCACGACGGUGCAGUCAUCCUUGGCUCCCAGGAUCCAGAAGAGUGGCCUCUCAUUGCCCCAUUGCCAUCUUAUGGGCGCGGGAGGGAAAGAUUAGGACCACGCCAUAUCAGCCUCAUCCACGGAGAGGACCUAAAUGAUGUUGUUAUUACUGGUAACAAUGGGACCUUAGAUGGCCAAGGAAAGAUGUGGUGGGAACUAUGGUGGAACCGAACUUUAAAUCACACAAGAGGCCAUCUCAUUGAGCUUGUGAACUCAACCAACAUCUUAAUCUCCAAUAUCACACUGCGCAACUCUCCAUUCUGGACAGUGCAUCCAGUCUACUGCAGCAACGUGGUGAUGAAGGAUCUGACCAUACUGGCUCCACUGAAUGCUCCAAACACUGAUGGCAUUGAUCCAGACUCGAGCUCAGAAGUUUGUGUUGAAGACUGUUAUAUUGAAAGCGGUGAUGAUCUAGUUGCUAUCAAGAGUGGCUGGGAUCAGUACGGGAUCUCUGUUGGCAAACCCUGUUCCAACAUUGUCAUCCAGAGGGUCUCUGGCACAACUCCAACAUGCUCAGGUGUCGGUUUUGGAAGUGAGAUGUCAGGUGGCAUAUCAAAUGUGCUUGUGCGUGACCUCCAUGUAUGGAAUUCUGCUUCAGCAGUGAGGCUCAAGACCGACGUAGGGCGUGGUGGGUACAUAACCAACAUCACCAUAGCAAAUGUGACGAUGGAAAAGGUCAAGGUACCGAUAAGAUUCAGUCGGGGUGCAGAUGACCAUUCAGAUGAUAAGUAUGACCGAAAUGCGCUGCCAAAGAUCAGUAAUGUUCGUAUCAGUGACAUUGUCGGUGUAGGCCUGCAGCGUGCGCCAAUGUUGGAGGCAGUGCAUGGUGCGGUUUAUGAAGGGAUUUGCUUCAGAAAUGUUAGCUUAAGAGGCAUAAGGCGGCGCGAUGGAUGGCAUUGUGAGUCUGUGUAUGGAGAGGCGCAUGAAGUUUUCCCUGCACCUUGUGAAGAGUUUAGGAAAAAGAAAUCUUCAUCAUGGUGUGGUUUUUCUUGACAAAGUGUACACAAGUCACAAGUUUUUCACGACUGACACAGGAAUACUUGAAAUGGGGGGUGUUCAUAUCUGUAUUCUAAGAAGGAUAGGGCAUAGGAUUUUGAUAUCAUAGAUUCAAAUUCAACAUUUAACUUGUAGUCUUUUUGUUUUCCGAGGGGGAUACAAACAUCAUGUCUGUUUGUCCACUGCAAAAGGACAUGAAUAAUUAAUACAGAAAAAAUAUUUACCGACUCCUUUUCCUACAUGUGACUUAUCACUUAUA